GAAAAAGGAGUACAAUUACGUGGAUGGUCUAUUUCCCAAAAUCAAUCGUGAGUCUGAGUUCCAUCAAACAGCUCAACAAAAUCUGAGAAGGUCCAUCCUCAUGGUUUCAAGUUAUCGAGUGAUUCCAAUCUCCCCAAUAAUGAUAAUAAAUCUAGGGAUUGUUUGUCUGACAUGGGACAAUCUUUGACUUCUACUACUGGUCAGUUCAAUAAUGCACCAAUGGUUCAGGAUGUGAGCACUAACUUUAAUGAAGAAAAAUCCAAUGGAUGGCAGGAUGUGCAAAAUAACACUGUGGAUAUGGUUAAAGAUCAGGAAAGUAAUGAAGUGGGUUUACAUGAUCACAGAAAAGCCAAACCUGGUAGAUGUAUGGGGGAAAAUCUGAAAUUGAAGAAUCCUGAAAGUCCUAGGUCACCAGUUGAUUGCAUAACAGAAAGGGUUGAUCAACUCUUUGAUGAUGUAGAUGUGGGUGAUUUUGAAAUUGCAUGGGAAGACUUGCUUAUUGGUGAAAGAAUUGGACUGGGUUCAUAUGGAGAGGUCUAUCAUGCUGAUUGGAAUGACACGGAGGUUGCUGUUAAGAAGUUCCUAGACCAGUAUUUCUCGGGUGCUGCUUUGGCUGAAUUCAAAAGAGAAAAUGCAAGACACCCGGAAAAGGAGACACCCGGAGUUCCCUCUUUUGGUGAGGGUGCUGAUGUGCUAAGCCUUACAUGAUAUAUAUGCUUCAAGACUCAAAAGGGUAUCACUUAUUUAGUAAUUCUAGGGAUGCAAUACUAUCAGCAUCAGCCAGAAUGAUAAGCCAAAAUACCCUUGGAAGGGAUUUCAAACACAAGUUGAUGAUUUCAAGACUAUAUUUAGCCAUGCAAUCAGCUGCGUAGCUGCGGGUUCCACCUCCUGGUAUUGGUAGUGCCAGUGAUUUUCUUGAUGAUGUUCCUAUGAGGGUGGUGCCAGUUUGGGUUUUGAUUCAAACACAAGUAAAAUCUAAAAACACUC